AAAACUACUCCUCCCAUUUCCGUUGUCGUCUCCCUCUCCCUCUCCCUCCGAUCACCCCACUCUGCCCUGCCGCCCCGCGCCUUCCUCCUCCCAAUCCGCCUCCUCUUUCCAUCAUCGCCUCACCGCGCCGGCGAUAGCUCGACACCGAUUCCGAAGCCGAGUCGGAGUCCGGGACCCCACCGCCUCCGCCAACCGACCUGCGCGGCGAUCGCGCUCUCAUAUAAUGGACGGCGACGAGCCACCGGAACCAACCGUCUCCGACACCCGCCGACGCUUCUAGGGUUUCCCGCGCGCGCAUGGGCUGCACCACCUCCCGCGACGCCUUCUCCGCCGCGGUCACGUCCCGGGCGCGUCGGUCCUCCUCGUCGCGGCCGCGGGGCGCCGACCCCGCCGCGCUGUGCCGUCAGCGCGUGGCGCUGAUCCGCGCCGCGGCCGACACGCGCUUCACGCUCGCCGCCGCGCACGCGGCCUACUUCCGCUCUCUCGCCGCCGUAGGCGACGCGCUCCGGCGCUUCGCUGCGGCUGCGCUCGCGCCGGCCACACCCUCGCCCGGCUCCUCGCCGGUACUCACCCUCCCGCCUUCCCCGGCCAAGCCGGUCGCCGCCUCCGCGGCCACCGCGUCGAGCCUCCCGCCGUCUACUUCCUCGUCCUCCACCGUCUCAUCGCUCUCACAUUCCCUCUCCGACGAGAACCUCGAGGCGCCCCCUGACGCCAAACACGGCGGAAGCGAGAAGGCGCCGUCGUCAACGAAGCAUCACUACAUGAGGGGCUCUUCCACCGUGCCCACCGUGGUUUACGAGGACCCCAACGCCCAGGCCCAGUACACUGAAGGCGAGACUAGCUACGGAUACGGAUACGGGUACUCGUACCCGUACGGGCCUUACGGCGAGGUGGUUGCGGAAGAGAGGCCGGAGACGGCCGCGCCGAGGCCACUGCCUUCGCCGCCGACCGCGGAGGCCUCGCCGUGGGAUUUCUUUGACCCAUUCACGCAGUACGAUCAGUUUCUGGAGGAUUACUCUCACGGGAAUCUGCCAACCAACAGCCCCAACUACGCCGAGCUGAGGAGGAUGGAGGGGAUCCCGGAGCUUGAGGACGAGGCGGAAUUGGAGGCGAAGGCUGAGGCUGAGGCAUCGAAGCCAUCGACUUCUGGGGUUGCUCAUCAAAAUGUUAAGGGGAAGGAGCCAAUUCUAGAAAAUGCCGCUUCACAUGGCGAACCUUCUGGUGCCAAGAUGCAGAGGACGGGAUCAGAACCAGUCCCUGUUGCCAAGUUGCAGAGGAAGGCAUCGGAGCCUGCUCCUGGUGCCAAUGGCAAGGCGGGGCAACCGGUGUCCAGGAACGACUCGGUGCCGAGCAAUGCCAGCUAUAAGAGCAAGGAAGGGGGGAAGAGGAAUACGGCGAGCUUGAAGGGUACAGUUAGUGGUGACAUUGACGGCAACAGCUCCAGUGGGAAGAAGCAAGCUGUGGCCUUUGAUGAGGAGGGGUCGAUCACAGCGGCAGAAGGAGGUGGUGAGAGCCACGGCAAGUCAGUGCAGUCGGCGGUGAGCAGCGAGUCAUUCUCGCCGUUGCACCAUGCGAGGAGAGAUGUAAGGGAGGCGAUGGAUGAGGUCAAGGGGCUGUUCGACGAGGCGGUGAACUGCAGUGCAGAGGUCUCGAGGCUGCUGGAGGUGGGGAUGGUCCGCCGCCGGACCACCCCCAGAGUUCUUAGAUACAUCUCUUCCAAAGUGGGGGAUCCUCUAGGUCUUACCGUGUCGACAUCGUCUUGCCUCCCAAAACCACAUGGCAGGAAGUCCAGAGCAUCAAGCAGCAAGGCGAGCACUUCAGCCUCGUCGGGUACUGGUAGAAGAAAUGGUGUUGGUAAGCUCUCAUCAACUCUGGAGAAGCUGUAUGCCUGGGAAAAGAAGCUCUAUCAGGAGAUUAAGGAUGAAGAGAAGCUACAGAUGCAGUAUGAAAAGAAGUAUAGGAGGUUGAAAUCUCUGGAUGAAGGAGGAGCAGAAUCAAGUACAAUCGACUCCACCCGGUUGUCGGUAAGGCUUUUGCGGUCCAAGAUUAGCAUCAGCAUUAGAACAGCCAAUGCCUUCUCGUCAAAGAUAGAGAAGAUCCGAGACGAAGAACUUUAUCCUCAGCUCGUUGAUCUCAUCCAAAGGUUCAGAAGAUUGUGGAAAGUUGUUCUAGAAUGCCAUGAGAAGCAGCUAUUAGCCAUACAAGACAGCAAAAUUCACCGGCUUAAGGCGAUUACCAUAAGCCAAUCGAGUGUUGCUUCAAUGGCCUCAGUGGAAUUGGGGAGGGAGCUCACAAGAUGGUACCGCUGCUUCAAUAAGUGGAUCAGCUCGCAAAGAUCUUACAUUGAGGCGCUGAAUGGAUGGCUGAGGAAAUGGCUCCCUGAGGUGCAGGAGGAAGUUACAGCGGAUGGAAUCCCACCUUUCUCCCCAGGCAGGCUUGGCGCCCCGCCUGUAUUCGUCAUCUCAAAUGAUUGGCUCCAAGGAAUCGAUAGGAUCUCCAAGAAUGAAGUGCUGAGAGCAAUGGACCAUUUCUCUAAGCUCGUGCAUCAGUUCAAGAAGAGCCUGGAAGACGAGCAACGGCAGAAGCGGAAAGCUGAUCAUGCUUCCAGAGAUUACAACAAAAAGCGUGAGGAUCUGCAGGGAGAGCUUGGGCUUAGUACCAGUCUGGAUCUCGUUGCAGUCAUGGAGAACCCUCGCUACAGCCAUGACGACCGUGUAAUGGAUAUGGAAAAGGCGAGGAAAAGAAGGGAUGAGGAGAGGGUCAGGCAUGAAAAUAUCUUAAAUCAUGCUCAUAUUGCAGCCUCAGCCACCCUGCCAAUUGGUUUGAUCCCUAUGCUGCAACAAAUCACCAGCUUCUUUCAGGGAAAUCUGCAGGUCUACACGCAAAUUAGAAUCCAAGGCACCUGAGCCUGCAGACUGCCAAGAAAUGGGGUUCCACAGAAAGGUUUAAUACACCAGAGUUCAGUUUACUACAGGCACAUUUUUGGGUUGCUGCGGAGAGGGGAUAGUAAUGCAAAUUUUUUUGUAUAGAAUUAUAAAUAUAAUAUAAUUUGGGGUUAGGCUUUUGAGUACGUUCUUAGAAUGCGUACCGUGGCAGAAUGUUACUGUUCUACAUAAGUUCUUACUGACUCGUUGUAGGUACCCGGGGGGGGGGUUAACCAACGGUGUAUUGUUCAGAGGAUUUAGCAAUUACUUAUUUAUUCUGUACAUGACACUUACAAGCUAGUGAUUU